CCCAUGGGGGAGUGCGGGGUGCCCCCGCAGGUCCAGCUCUUCCUCCGCGCCUGCGAGCAGGGCGACUGCGAGACCGCCAGACGCCUCCUGGGGCUGCCCGGCGGCGGCGGCCCGGCCGACCCGGCGGCCCCCUCCUCCUCCUCGUGCGGCCCCGAGGAGGCGGCGGCGGAGCCCCGCGGCGAAGCGCCGUCCCCGCCGAGCCCCGCCGUGCCCGUGGACUGCACGGACGAGGCCGGCAACACGGGGCUGCAGUUCGCCGCGGCGGGCGGCCACGAGCAGCUGGUGCGGUUCCUGCUGCGGAAGGGCGCCUCGGUGCAGAGCAGCAACCACUACGGAUGGAGCCCCCUCAUGCAAGCGGCCAGGUUUGGACAUCUGAGUGUGGCCCACAUCUUGCUGGAGAAUGGUGCUGAUCUCAAUGCGCAGAACAAGUUAGGAGCCAGUGUCCUCACGAUGGCUUCCAGAGGUGGUCACGUCAGCAUGGUGAAAUUGUUGCUGGAAUCUGGAGCUUUUGUGGACAAUUACGACCAUUUUAGCACAAAUGUACUUAACAGCAGCAGAGAUGACCUUCCUGAUAUCACUCCACUGAUGGCAGCUGCUCAGCAUGGACAUGAGGCAGUGGUACAUCUGUUGCUUGACUGGGGAGCGGAUUGUAACUACUCUCUAAAGACCAUGGGCUGGAGUCCUUUAAUGCUGGCAGCUGUUAGUGGAAAGGUGAGCUUGGCACAGCAGCUCAUGGAGAAAGGUGCCAACCCUGAUCACUUGAAUGUACUACAUAAAACACCUUUUGAAAUCUCUGUUGGCUUCAAACACAAAGACAUGAAGGACUAUUUGGAAUCUCUCACAACUAUCAGGCCUCAGACAGAUGCAGAAAAGAGGCAACCUGAUGUCUUUCAUGCUUUGAAACUGGGAAAUUUUCAGCUGGUUAAAGAGAUCAUUGAUGAAGAUCCAAGCCAGGUUAAUAUUACCAAUGUUGACGGUGCAUCUCCUUUAAUGAUUGCAGCUGUAACUGGACAGCUGCCCCUUGUUCAGCUCCUUGUUGAGAAAAAGGCUGAUAUUGAUAAACAGGAUAACGUUCAUGCCUGGACAGCACUAAUGCAGGCCACGUAUCAUGGAAACAAAAAUGUUGUAAAGUAUUUGUUAAAUCAAGGAGCUGAUGUUAACCUUCGUGCAAAAAAUGGAUACACGGCUUUUGACCUGAUAAUGCUGCUGAAUGAUCCAGACACAGAGCUUGUAAGGUUACUGGCAUCAGCAUGCAUGCAAGUAGAUAAAGACAAGAAUAAACUGAACAACAGAUCAUCUCUGCCUUGUUCCAAAAGUAGGCAAUCCUUAAAUAUCCCAAUGUUGCCAGAUGACAAAGGAGGCCUAAAGUCCUGGUGGAGCAGGAUGUCCAAUCGAUUCCGCAAGCUGAAGUUGACCCAGACAUUGCGCCAUGGAUUUCCUUCUAACCAGUUUGUGCUUUUUCCGGAUGAGACCGAGCCGUCAUUAAAUUCCACUAUAAAAGUAGCCUCGCAGCAUGAUACAGACACCUCUGGAAACCUUGAUGCUGCUACAGCUUGGAACACAAAUAACAAAGCUAGUGGUGCAAACACUGCAAAAGAAGGAAAGGAUGAUGAAUUGUUGACAACUAUGCUGAGGAGUAGUGCUCCAUUUACCAGGCUGCCCAGUGAUAAGCUGAAAGCAGUGAUCCCACCUUUCUUACCACCCUCAAGCUUUGAGCUUUGGAAUUCUGACCGAACCCGACUCAGCAAAGAUGGCAAAGCUGAACAGAUGAGAACUGCCUGGCCACAGAGAGCAAUCAAGCAUGAUUUUAACAGCAGUGGGAACUCUGAUAUAACAUCUGUUAGCAAAGGUACUAGACCAGUCAAAUUACCAGCGUUUGCAAGAAGACCAGCAUCUCCUUCGAAUUCCAACAACUUCAACCAUUCUCCCCAUUCUUCUGGUGGAUCCAAUAACAUUGCAGGAAUUAACAGGCAUGGAGGAGAACUGCAUAACAGAUCAGGUGGCAGUGCAGAUAAUGUUUUGUCUCAGAUUGCAGCCCAAAGAAGAAAAGCAGCAGGUUUACCUGAACAGAAACCCAGCCAACAGCACAGUCCAGUCCAGUCAACUCCUUCAUCUACUGUGUCGGAUUUGCAGUGUGCUCAGAUUGUUGGCAAUGGACAUGUUGUAAAGCAAAAACUGGAGAUGAACAAGAGACCUCCGUCUGGGACUUCAUCUACGUCUAAAAGCACAUCACCAACUCUCACACCUUCUCCAUCACCUUCCCCAUCUCCUAAGGUUCAAAACGCAGAGUCUUCGGUCUCUUCUUCUCACAGACACGCCAAGAGCAAUGGCUCCAGCAGUGGUACUAUUACAGAGGAUGGCAACCACUUGGUGGACCUUCAGCAGCUUGGCCCUAUUAUGAGAGCCAGUGAUGUAGAGAAUCAUGAAAGACGAAACCAUGUGAGAGUAAAAGAAGGCUCUGAAAACUUGGAGAAAGAUGAGCUGACUGGCAUCCUUAAAAAAUUGUCACUUGAGAAGUAUCAGCCUAUAUUUGAGGAACAGGAGGUGGAUAUGGAAGCUUUCCUCACACUUACUGAUGGUGAUCUGAAAGAGUUGGGUAUUAAAACGGAUGGAUCAAGGCAGCAAAUUUUGGCAGCUAUUUCUGAACUUAAUGCAGGAAAGGGUCGAGAGAGACAGAUUUUACAAGAAACUAUACACAACUUCCACUCUUCCUUUGAGAGCAGUGUUAGUAACACCCGACAGCCUGCUCAUUCCCAAUCAUAGUCAGCAUGUAUGGGAACUUCUGGAUGUCUCUUGGUAACAUCCCAGAGCUGAAGAGCCUCUUCUGUAGGUAUUACUAGGUGAGCAGAAGCUGUUUGGGAUUUGAUUACAUGGCACAAAGAACUGGAAUUACUCAAGAACCAAAGAAGCAUAGAGGUGUAAUCUCCAAGCAACUUGCUGACCUUAAGUGUCUUGAAGACAUCAAUGGACAAGAAUGGUGGCUUAGAGUUGGGGAGAACAUCCUUUUGUAAGAAUGGAGGCAACAGUUGCUCCUGUUGAGCUUUUGACAAGACACUGCAAGAGGACUGCCAUCAGAGAUCUGGCUUUUGGGUUUUUGUGUGUAAGAGCUCCAUGAUAUAGAUUUGGCUGUGAAACAGAAGUAGAAGCACUAACAGAGAAGAGGAAGAGAACAUGUAGCUAAAAGAAGUUUCUGCACCAGGUAAGCUGCUUUUUAUUGUAAAAAGUAGCAGUGCAGUCCUUAUGCAGCCUCUGCAACUUGAAGUAAUUUCCAGAAAUGUGUAAUAUUUUAGAGCGUAAGAGCAGCUGUACCAAGUCAGAUCCAAGGUCCAUACAGUUCUGUUCAACUUUGUCAUCCAGUCUCAUCUGGCACUGAUGAGAAGAGCUGCUUGCUUUCAUUGGCUGUGAAUUUGCCAUGUCCUGACUUCAUUUGCUUCAUCGUACUGGACCAGAAGAUACAGUGAGCAGUCGUUUCCUGUUCACUGCAUCCAUGCCACUGAUGAUUUUACAGAUCAUUGUGAUAUUCUUUUUCAUUCAAUUUUUUUUUCCAAGAGGAAGGCUUAUAGGCUGCUUUGUGAUUCCCUAUAACAUAGUUUUUCUAACCUCUUUUCCUCUUCUGCUCUUAUCUUUUCAGACUUGGGAGAUACCAGCUUAACAUACAAUAUUCAAUAUGUAGGCAUAUUAUGGAUUUACAUGACAGAGUGAUGUUUGUUUUUCAGUCAUGUUCUCUGCUUCCCAUUCUCUUGCCCUUUCCUAGUUAUUUCUGGUACUUUUCUAUGUUGGUAUAAUUGAAGACUGAAUUGGUAUUAAUUUGAAUUACCUCUUACAACCCAGUUGAUCUACUGAGUUUGAGCUCACAGCCUAUAAUUUUGUAUAAACACACAUACAUCUUUUCCAUUUGCCUUAAUUCAUAUUACUUCAUAUUUAUCUUUACCAAAUUUUGUCACUAUCUUAUUGUUUUGACUCACAUGAAGUCUUUUUGCCAGCCUUCUGUUUACCUUACUUUUUAUUUACAUGGAUAACUUAGGGCGUUUUUUCCCUUCACUCUAUAUGCCCUUUCAAAAUCAUAUAUUGACUGUACUGUUCAUAUCCUGAAUAUUCUCAUGCAGAUCCCUAUGAAAUACUAGGGGUGAAUCUCUCUGCUAUGGAAAAAAUCACUGUUUACUGCAGCCUUCUGUCCUCUGCCUCCCUAACAGAUUAUUUAUCCACACAAGAAAAUUUAUUUUAUCCUUUGAGUUCCUUAUUAUCUUAAGAGCUAACGUUCGACCUUGUGAAAUGCCGUGUCCAAAUCCAAGCAUCAAAUGGACCUCUUUUUAUCUACAAGAUUGUUGGCACCUUCAAGAAAUUCUAGUUUUGGUGAGGCAAGACUUCUAAAAUCCCUUCUUGAUUGUUAUCCACAAAAUUUCAGAUUGUUACAGUUUUCACUAAUCUGGUUGGUAUUACUGUCCAUCUCACUGGUCUCCAUUUCUCUGCAUUUCCUGUUGAACCAUUAAAAAGAUUUGCAUCACUGUUACCACAUCUCAGUUAUGUGACAGUGUAAACAACCGUGCUCUGUACACAGCAGUUCAGCUGCUUAAUACUUCUGCUUCUCUAGGACAUUUUAGAAAUUUGCUAUUACUUGCUUUGUGCAUUUAUUUCAUAUUCUUUUUUGCUAGUAUUUCAGGUUAAGAUAUCUUGGACUUCCACAUAAAGAAGGUUUCUGAAAUGGAAUCCUUCCUCCCCACCGCAUGCCAGGGACACUAGGUUAGGCUGUGUGAAUUGCAUGCUCCAGUCCUUGCCUGACCUGCAUAAGGCAGAGCAGUGUGAAUGACUCAGAGGCUUCUGGACCUCUAAGCCAUUAGUUUUGGAGGCACCAUGAAUUCUGAAUAGGCACACAGAACUUGCAUGGGGACUGUUGCCUCCGUCUCUUUUUUUAAUGGAAAUUAAUUGGUCGUUUGUAGAAAAUUCUGAUAAAAUUGUUCAUUCCAAGACUGAACGUUUUGGCGGGUUUUGACACUUUGGUAGUUUGGCUACUAUUACAUCUUGGACAAUUGACAAUGCACCCUGUCCUUUAUAAGAGAAACUAUUUGGAAGAUACAGCUUUUUUAUAGCCCAGUGAAUAUUGCUUCACCAUUUAGAGCAGAUGACCAGCCCAUGGAGGCAUGAGGCAGAAUGACUGCUCUGAGGAACAAAAUGCUUCUCCUUCGUCUGGAUUCCAACUUCAGCAAAACAGCAAGUGGCAGCAUAUAGUCCAGCUUUCUGAGAGAAUGGGAUUUAACAAAUAAUGCUGUCCCAGGAAAAGUUUCUGUUUGUGGUUUGAGAUGACCUUUUGCUUACAUGAUUCUGGUAAAAAAAAAAUGGACUUUCUGCAUGGCUAAUUGCCAGGACUAAUUGUGUAGUUUAUUUUAACCAAUACAAAAUUAUAUUUUAUAUUAUAUUAUAAGGGGGCUGUGUUACGAUUCAUGCUUUCAUUAACUGAGUGCAAUCAAGAGGUUGAACAGAUCUGGCAAUGGUCUGCAGGUUAAUUGAAACAAAUGACACCUAAGAAGACAGAGCUGCGUUUCAACCCAAACUUACCUAAUCAGUAAUGGGAAGCUGAAAAAAGGUCAUGUGGAUUUUUAUUAAAAAAAAAAAGAGGAGAGGCAAAAAGCAACUGAAAUAAUUUCCUCCAGAAGAAGAAGAGUAGAAGAGUAGACAUAAAAUCCUAUAUGCUAGUUAUAACAGAUGAGUAACAAAGUGUUACAUGUUAAAUCCUCUGAUAAAAACUGGAAAUACUUCAUGGAAGUUCCCUUGCCUGUUUAUGGCUUGCAACAGAAUUUGCCAUUUUUACAGAAAUGACAUGAAAAACGCAAGAGAGCAUCCAAGGUUUAUAUUCAGAAGGACACAAUCUUUUUCUGCUAAGACAUUUCUUAAACUCAUUAUGAAAAAACCCAUUAAGAUUGGUAGGAGGUAAAGCUAACUACCAUUUAACUUAGUUGCCUUCUAAUGCCAAGUUUAUUGAAAUAUUUGAAAGAAAAAGACGAGCCUUGUCACUUGUUACAGGCAUCCAGCUGCUCUCCUCUAUCUAAACAACACUUCUGAUAGGUGGGAAGAAAAGAGAAAAUCCAAACAUCUGGUAGGGGCAAUGAACAAAGGCAAGACAUAGAUAGCAAAAGAAUGAACUGUGAAUAUUCUCCAGACAAAAGUUUAAAUGAAGAGUAGCUAUGCCAUUGAAAAAAAAAUCAUUCUUUUCAUUCUGUAGUUAAUGGAAAUUUUGGUUUUCUGGUUUCUUUUUACAUAUUAUAGUAUAUUACAUAUAUUGAUAGAUACAUUGCAGAUACAGAGUUGUUUGUGUAUUUACUUCUCAUUUUUGGAAUCAGACUCAAAAACGUCAAGUGGAAAUUAUCCAGAGGAGAGAGUUAGAGAUAGAGGAGAAAGAAGUAAAAAUAGAAGCAAAAUCAAUACAGACUUGCAUAUUAAAAUCAUAAAGGAUUCAGGUAAUCACUUACUGGAAACAUGCACAUUGAGAAAAGAAGGAUUCUUGAAACUUUGUGGCAGUAGGUGACCUUUUCACACACGAGUUUGACUUUUUAUACCUUUUCCUUACAGGACACAGCUUAAGAUGAUUAAAAUUAAUUACAGGAUCAAACUCUUAGAUACUGGUAUAACAAGUAUAUUGGGAAAUGUAGGCAUGUUUCCAGUUAUUGUGGAAUUACUCUCUUGUUUACAGCUAUGAGUCUUGCUGGUUGCAGUUUUUCAGACUUCUUUUUUUCUCUC